GAGGAGUGGGGUUUAAAGGCCGCUGUAGUUUGAAGGGGAAGACUGGAGCGGAGGCCUGUUAGGCGGGUUGAUGUGAUUAGGCAGGGCCUACAAAUAUUAUUUCUAGCCACGUGACUUUGCAGCAACCCUCCUGUGGCCUUCCAGGACCUUAAGGGCUGACAUGUUGAAAGGGCUUUGGUAUGAGUUGUUAAAUUGAGGUUGGGAGACUAUCCCCUAUUACCACAUGGCUGUGUGGGGCUCUAGCGGGACCCCCCAGGUCCUUGGGGGUUAAAGUGACCUUUCCAUGAAUAGCAGAGUCCCAUGACUAGAAUUUGGUGAGGUUAGGCUUGGGGUUUAUCUAGCAGGAUUUGAAAAAGAAAUUAUCCCCAAGAGUCGGUGCCUCCUAUGAAGGAUUGUUUUGAUCUUUCAUAGGAAGCACCUGCUUUAUUACACAUUUUUUUAAAAAAAUUAUUUACAUUUAUAUCCCACCCUUCUCCGAAGACUCAGGGUGGCUUACAGUGUAUAAGGCAAUAGUCUCAUUAUAUUUGUAUAUUUACAAAGUCAACUUAUUGCCCCCCCAACAAUCUGGGUCCUCAUUUUACCUACCUUAUAAAGGAUGGAAGGCUGAGUCAACCUUGGGCCGGGCUUGAACCUGCAGUAAUUGCAGGCUGCUGUGUUCUAAUAACAGGCUUCUUACAGCCUGAGCUAUUACGGCUAUUAAUGUGAACAGGCAGGAAUUUUUGUGAUUUCAGCUACUUAUCCUUUGGGAUCUCAAGUUCUGAAUCUUAAUACCACAUGCUGAAAGGAGGACUAGAUCUGUAUGUAUCCACACUUAAGCUACUAUCCAGUUAAAUAGAGCCUGCUGACAAUUCUUCCUAGGCAGUGUUGGGAUUCAAAUAAUUUAAUAAAAGAUUUUCUGCCCUAAUGAUUUCUUCCAACAACCAGUUCACCAAACUGCUCAGAAAGUUAAUAACCAGUUCUCCCGAAGUGGUGCGAACUGGCCUAAUCCCACCAUUGAUCCUAGGCAAAGUUGAUGUAUUACAGGUAGUCCUCAAUUUACGACCACAAUUGAGCCCCAGAUUUUUUGUUGCGAAGUGAGAUGUUUGUUAAAUAAAUUUUGUCCCAUUUUACCACCUUUCUUGCCAGAAUCGUUAAAUGAAUCGCUACAGUUGUUACGUUAGUAACAUGGUUGUUAAGUGAAUCCGCUUCCCCAUUGACUUUGCUUGUCAUAAAGUUACAAAAGGUAUCACAGGACCCUGGGGCACUGUAGCCAUCAUAAAUAUGAAUCCGUUGCCAAGCGUCUGAAUUCUGAUGACAUGGCCAUGGGGAUGCUGCAGUGGUUGAUUGGUGGAAAGCUGAUGCAUUUCUUGGAGAUGGUUGCUAACAACUGAGUGAACAAAAGCAACGGGUGAUGUUGGCUGGAGAGAUCAGAAGACUGUAUCAGAGCAUACCAAAAUACUGACUGCCUAAAUAUUAAUUGUAUAUUUGUCAUAAGGGUUUUCUAGAGAACAAGAUAGAAAUUGAAGAUGCCGUUCUUCAAAUCUGCCUCAAGCUUUCGUUCGGAGAAUAGUGAUGUGGACCUAGAAGGCAUAGCCGAAGGCGAGUUGGCCAAGUUGCAACGCCAGUUCCGUCUUUUAGAAGGUGAUCGCCAUGCUUAUGCCUUGGAGUCUCGUGAAACCAUCCGCAGACAGACGGUUGAGGUCAAGCGCCUGGAAAAAGAGAACGAAGAUCUACGAUACAAACAGGCUGUGGCUGAGGGCCAUGCCAACCAGAAGAAGGAAAAAGCCCAAAGUGAAAUUCUCCGGUCCUUGUUGACUGAACGGGAUUCAGUGAAGGAACAAAUAAUGAAAGAAAAAAAGCGGAUAACUCGGCUUGAUCAGGAGAUUGAAACCUGGGAGAACCGUUUGGCUGACCGGAAACAGAUGAUGGGCAGUGACAGCAUGAUACAGGAACAGAGAGCCCAUUUGCAAAGAAAGAUUCAGACAGUGGAAAACCAACUAGAUAAGAUCACCUCUGAAUUCAGUUCUCAACUCGUCUUGAAUUCACAACUACGUGAGGAUCUAGAAAUUCUCCGAGUUGGACAUGAUCACUUUGAACAGCAGCAUAAAGAUUUAGAGGAGGAACUGCUGGAGACUCGUAAAACCAUCAUCAAUGUGGUCAGCACCUCCUCUGCAGCUUAUGAUGCAAGAGAUGAAGCUCAUUCCCGUUUGGGCCAGCUGCGAGACAAAGCAGAGAAGGACUUAAAACAGUAUAUCUCUGAGAUGAAAGAAUUGGAGCGCUUCCUGGAGAAUGACCGGCGCGUGUCUGAAUUCGUCAACAUCAAGCUGCAGGAAAGGACGUUCACUGAGGAAGCACUGAAGGCCAAGGCAAAGAAACAAGAAGAACGCAGACGGAAAGACAGUGAGGAAGAGUUGCUCGAAUCUUACAGCAAUGCUUUUGAUAAACUUCUGGAGCUCACUGGCUCAAAAGAUCUGAAUAUGGCUCUGGAUACAUUUGUUAAAGAUAGGGAAAGAAAUUUUGCUCAAUUCAACUAUGUCAAUGAGCAAAACAGCCAGAAGGACCGACUAUGGGAAGAAAUUCAUGAUCUUUGUCAUGAGAUCCAGGAGAUUCAAAAGCGGAACAGUCAAAGGGAGGCCCAGCAGCUAUUGCAGCUCCAUGAAACUGAAGGCCAGCAGGAGGAGACGGUGAAAGAGGCCAAUCAGGCUGAGCAGAACGUGAAAAAGUUCCUCAAGAUUUGGGAGCAGCUUAAAAGUGCCAUUGAGUCUCUCUUCUGGAAACUGGAGUGUGACCAUUCCUCACUGGAAAAAGUGCUGGGCGGGACAACAACUGCUCAGGAUGAGAACGUUGCCAUUUACCUGAGCAUAAUUGAACGGAAGGUCAAUAUGCUGCUGACAAUGUAUUCCUACAAGAAGGCUGAGGAAAAGGAUGAACCCUAUGAUACUGUGGAGACAGCACAGCUGCUCCUGGGGCAGACACCAGGGCUGCGGCCAACUGCGAUUACAGUUCGGCCACCCACAGCUGGACUUGGUCAUGAGCCAAUACAAGAAGAGGACAACAGACCUUUAACUCAUGAGGAGCUCAGAGAAAAAGUAAUAAAGGAGAUCCAAAGCAAGGCAGCAGCACUUUCUCUAAAGAAAAGCACGUAAUGUGCAGUUCAGUGACUGUAUCCUGGGAUUAACACACACAAGAAAUAACCUCAGGCCUCCAGACGUGAAUAGGAAUCUAACUGCAGCCUGGGCUACACCAGCCAAAAAAGAAAACUGAGGCAGAUUGCAUUCCAAGUGUGG